ACACAGAGGACUGCUCAUCAGAUAGAUAGAGGACACACACACAGAGGACUGCUCAUCAGAUAGAUAGAGGACACACACACAGAGGACUGCUCAUCAGAUAGAUAGAGGACACACACACAGAGGACUGCUCAUCAGAUAGAUAGAGGACACACACACAGAGGACUGCUCAUCAGAUAGAUAGAGGACACACACACAGAGGACUGCUCAUCAGAUAGAUAGAAGACACACACACAGAGGACUGCUCAUCAGAGAGAUAAAGGACACACACACAGACACACAGACAGGUUGACAUAGAGAUGAAGCUGCUGUUAAGCCCCACCAUCCCCAGGCUCCUCUUCCUGUUAGCGUGUCUCAGUGGGUGUGGCUUGGGACAUGGCAUACACCUGGGAACCUGCUCUGUCACCGUACACACUCACGAACUACGCAAGCACUACACAGAGAUACGGAGCUCUGUGAUAGCAGCAGACAGUCAGAUGGGAGUGAGACUGCUGAGGGGAGACGUGAUGAGGAACAUACAGGAGGGGGAGUACUGCUGUUUCCUGCGUCUUUUGCUACGUUUUUAUGUGGAGAGAGUGUUUGUUAGCCACGGCAUGUCUCAGCCACUGCACCGACGCUCAACCAGCGCUCUCGCUAAUAGUUUCCUCACAAUCAACAAGAACCUGAGGCAAUGUCACUGCCACUGUGGAGAAGACACCAGGAGAAAAAUGGACUCCCUACAGGCCCAGUUUGACAAGCUGGAGAUCUACCAGGCAGCAGUAAAGGCUAUAGGAGAGCUGGACUCUCUACUGGACUGGCUGGAAGAACUCAAGCACAACUCACACACAACUCACACAGACAGAUAACAUAUGAAAAUGUGUAAAUGUUGCAGUUCAGAUGAUUUGUUACAUUUUUGUUACCACAUAUUGAUGGGAUAAGUUUACCUGAAAGGAAUAUUUAUUAAUGUGUGUAUUGAUGCUAAUGUAUGUAUUAAAAGAGACAUAUGUCAGUCUCAGAUGGUUGUCUAAGUUCCAUAAAUAAUGGUUCUGUGAUAGUGUUAUUAAACAGUCUGAAUUUGACCAAACUGUCUAAUUUCAAUACAAAUUACAUGUACGGUGCCUUCGGAAAGUAUUCAGACGCCUUGACUUUUUCCACAUUUUGUUAGGUUCAACCUUAUUCUAAAAUGUAUUAAAUUGUUUGUUUUUUUCAUCAAUCCCCACACAAUACCCCAUAACGAUGAAGCAAAAACUGUUUUUUUUUUACAUUUUUGCAAAUGUUUUCAAAAUAAAAAACUGAAAUAUCACAU